CCCUCUAUCUGGCCUCGCUCAUACGCUAGACUUGCCUGCACUGUACGACUGGAUGAUGAUGAUCAAUGGGGUCAACUGUUCUGUGUUCGAAGAAAGAGAUGCCUUUCGCACUCACACAAUAUUUGUUGGGUUCAGACUAACCUCAAUUGCUAGCGCAUAUAGAGAGCAUGGGACUUUUAAGGUUCUAUCGGCAGAAAUAUGAUUCUGAAGUAAUCGGCUUUAAAGACUCACCCUGAUUGGUUAUUGAAUGGUGUCAGCAAAUGUGAUCUUGUAUUCUUUUGACCAACAGGAGUUGGAGUAUUUAGAGUACUAUGUACUGUAGGUAGAGAACAUUGAACAGAACAAGGCUAUAACUCAAUUUGGACAAAAAUGCAGAUACAACGUUAAAGUCCCAAGCUCGCAAUACAGAGCCUGGAAAUACUGUCUACCAAAGUGGGACUUGAAAGGGGCUAACAUCUAGGAGCCUGGAAAUACUGUCUACCAAAGUGGGACUUGAAAGGGGCUAACAUCUAGGAGCCUGGAAAUACUGUCUACCAAAGUGGGACUUGAAAGGGGCUAACAUCGAGGUGGGAGAGAGCCUGCACUUCUAUAUGAGAUGGGAUGCUGAAAAUAGCUAUUGAAAAUGAAUGUUCAAUGACAGCAACCUUAUUAUUUUGGGGCUAGGGUUAUUUUUGGGAAGUCCAAUUGAUUCUGAGUUUGGGCAUAUAAAGUUUAAAUGUGAAAACUAGUCCAAAAUGCAUACUUUCUGAUUUUUCCUGAACUCACUUCCUUGUUUAGCCUAAAUCACUUGCUCUGCUUGCACUUUGAGUUCCAUAAUGUAGAGUGGAGGUUCUAAGGGUCAUGCUAGAUCCGGGAUGGGCAACUUCUUUUUUUAGGAACUCAGUCUUUAAUUUACUGUUGAGAGUUAGAUAGUGGAAUACCCUAAGUGCAAUCUGGAAAUGUGUUUGUGAUUCAGCAGUGUUUCUCUUGUCAGUCAAUUAGCCCAUGUCAGCAAAUCUUUGUUGUUGAUUUAGCGGCCAGCUAUCUAAACUUUUUGGCCCCCCCGGGGGGCCCCCAUUAACAAAAUCAAUCCGUCUCACUCAGAUAUUAUUUCGUACGCAGACCUGCAGCCCCUCGUUUUUACAUUUCACCUUUAUUUAACUAGGCAAGUCAGUUAAGAACAAAAUCUUAUUUACAAUGACGGCCUACCAAAAGACCUAAAAAAAUACAUUAAAUAUAGGACAAAACACACAUCACGACAAAAGAGACAACAGGGGCCACCCGAGUGGUGCAGAGAUCUAAGGCCCUGCAUCGCAGUGCUAGCUAUACCACUAGAGAUCCUGGGUUCAAGUCCAGGCUCUGUCGCAGCCGGCCGUGACCGGGAGACCCAUGAGGCGGUGCAUAAUUGGCCCAGCGCUGUCUGGGAUAGGAGAGGGUUUGGCCAGCAGGGAUGUCCUUGUCCCAUCGCGCACUAGUGACUUCUGUGGCGGUUGCCAGGUGUACGGUGUAUCCCCCGACACUUUGGUGUGGCUGGUGUCCAGGUGGGCAUUAUGUCCAGGUGGGCAGUGUGUCUGGUGUCCAGGUGGGCAGUGUGGCUGGUGUCCAGGUGGGCAUUAUGUCAAGAGACAGUGUGGCUGGUGUCCAGGUGGGCAUUGUGUCUAGAGGCAGUGUGGCUGAUGUCCAGGUGGGCAUUGUGUCAAGAGGCAGUGUGGCUGGUGUCCAGGUGGGCAUUGUGUCAAGAGGCAGUGUGGCUGAUGUCCAGGUGGGCAUUGUGUCAAGAGGCAGUGUGGCUGGUGUCCAGGUGGGCAUUGUGUCAAGAGGCAGUGUGGCUGGUGUCCAGGUGGGCAUUGUGUCAAGAGGCAGUGUGGCUGGUGUCCAGGUGGGCAUUGUGUCUAGAGGCAGUGUGGCUGGUGUCCAGGUGGGCAUUGUGUCAAGAGGCAGUGUGGCUGGUGUCCAGGUGGGCAUUGUGUCAAGAGGCAGUGUGGCUGGUGUCCAGGUGGGCAUUGUGUCUAGAGGCAGUGUGGCUGGUGUCCAGGUGGGCAUUGUGUCAAGAGGCAGUGUGGCUGGUGUCCAGGUGGGCAUUGUGUCUAGAGGCAGUGUGGCUGGUGUCCAGGUGGGCAUUGUGUCUAGAGGCAGUGUGGUUGGGUUGUGUUUUGGAGGACCCACUGCUCUCGACCUUCGCCUCUCCUGAGUCUGUACGGGAGCUGCAGCGAUGAGACAAGACUGUUACUAACAUUUGGAUACCACGA